GCCGCUUCCUCUGGGGUGUCUGCAAGAUCCCGAGCAACGAGAAGAUUGUUUCUCGUUCAGGGAGGCGAUGGCUAGUCGCCAAUGGUCAUUUGUCUUUCAUGGACUCCAUCCUGCGUCUGUUUUCUUUGGCCUACUGAGGCCGGCUUUGUAUCACAAGGAGUUGGACUUCCACCUCACAAAGGAUGUGGAAAUGCGCAAUCAAGCUAAGCAAGCAAACUUCCGAUACUCCAAGGAUUAUUUUUAGUGGCGUCAUGAGAGUAUAACUACUCAUGCUUCUGCGGUCAAGUUCACUCCACCUUCCAAGGUCUCCAGUACAGCAGUUCUCUACGGCUUUGUGUAACAAGAUGGGAAAGACCUGGAACCGGUCGAGAGUGCCGAAUGCAGAAAUUUCAAGCUGUUCAAAGAAAUAGAACCAUAAGCACAUGUGGCAUCCUGAUUAUGGUUUCGGUGCUCACCGCAUUCCAGCAUAGCAGUGAAUAAAAACCUCAGGAAAUGGAGCAAGACGAUCAUGGAUGAGAGCGCGAGCUGUUAUUGUCGUCCAAGAUGUUGAAAUCUAGGUGCACUGAACGUGUGUUGAAGUGAAUUCGAAACAGGAUCGUCUGUAGCACUGGCAAUGAUGAAGAGACUAUGCCCCAGCGUGAGCCUGAUGGAAAUGCAUCUGGGCCCUGCAGAGGACGAGAGGAUCCUCUAAUCCCUCAGUACCCAACCCUCUCAAGACACCAGGCUGACCAGACAGGAGCCCUGGGCGUAAGAGCAGUUGCCUACCAGCCCGCGGCUGUUUUGCCCACAUUGACAAGCCCACCGCGCUGUGAUGGUUAAGUGGACCGGGACUGAACUGCCAAAUGCCCGUCCUGAUCCUUCAGAUCGGAUCGCUGCGGCUUCGUCGGGUCGUACGUCUGUGAGCCUUCCGUAUCGAUACUGUGAGUGCUUUAAAGGAUUUCCUCGUCAGUUUUGGAGUCAUCCGGGCUACGGGUGUUAUCGGGACCAUUGUUGCAGUUUGCUAAAGAAUUCAACGACCUGUUACAGAAGGACAUGAAAAAUGCUCAAGUGGAGGUCCAAGCUUAUGUAUCACCGAGACUAUCCGUUGCUUUGAAAAUGACAGCAUGGCGGGAUACACAUGGUGAUUUACUCCCCGACCGUUGCUACAUGGAUACCAGAUUUCAAAUGAUUAUCUUUUGAUCAGAAUGUGUGAAUCCACGCCAACAUCGCCAGAUUUAGAGCGCAAGCAACGGACAGAUUUUGGCGGACCAAUUGAGAAUCCUGAUGUGCGACGACGCAGCGGGAGCGUCCACCGGCGAUGGACUCGACUGCUGCAGCAGUCACGGCGUAGAUCUUACCACGCCACCAGGAGAACCCAACCCGAGGGAACAAUAGGCGUGGCGCCCCCUUCAGAAACCGAUGGACCGGAACAGUACGUGCGCCUCUUGCACAUUGCACCCUUCGUGCAAAGUUUCACCUGGCUCAAAAAGAGACUAACGCAGUGCGACUCGCGAUGGAUGCUGGACUUUUUGGAACUUAAUCGGGGCCUGGAAGUUCUGUUUGUGGCGCUGGCCAGACUAAGCCAGCCGACCACCUUGAGUAUCGCCCACGCUUACGCCCAGGUCGAAGUUGUGGCCUGCUUCAAAGCCGUGAUGAACAGCCAAGAUGGCUUGGACUAUAUCAUCGAGGAUCAGGAAUUCACUCGCAAGUUGGCAACAGCGUUGGACACGGACAAUGCCACCGUGAAGAAACAAGUUUUCGAGCUCCUCUCCGCUUUAUGCAUGUACAAUGCGGAGGGGUACAAUAGGGCUAUCGAUGCACUAGACCAUUACAAGAAACUGAAAAAAAAGAGGUUUCGGUUCAGUCUGAUCUUGGAGGAGCUCAACAGGUCGGAGGUUACAUCAUAUCAGACGGCGUUGGUGGCGUUCAUCAACUGCGUACUUUUUGCAACGGAAAACCUGCCAGACAGGAUAAGCCUACGCAGUGAACUUAUUGGUCUGAAACUACUGGAUGUUUUGACCUCGCUUAGGAAAGCCGAGCUGGAAGAUGAAGAUCUCAUUGUGCAGUUGGACGUCUUUGAUCAGAACAAAGUGAGCGAUGAAGAGCAAUUUACUGGACCCCAAGAUGUUGAUCUUAAUAAUCCCGUGGAUGUGUUCAAUGCGGUAUACAAACAGGUGUGCGAUACACCCCACGUAACUCCGUUCCUGACCAUCCUGCAGCAUUUGCUACGGAUCGAGCCCCGCGAUACCAUCAGCGACACCGUGUGGGACGCCGCCGAGAAGCUGGUCCACAAGGCCGUGCUCCUGGAGAACAAAGCCCAACGGGAACGGCUGCUGAAACUGGGCGAUCGAGACCUAGCCAAGGCCGUGGCCUCAUACAAGGACAAGUUUAAGAGUGGCGCCUCAUCAGCCGAGCCGAGUGAGGCACGGAAUGAACAGGGGACUCCAUCCGAUCAACCAGCUGGAGGUGCCAGGGAUAACAUGCCCCCGUUGGAAAACCGGAAGAGGACAACUGGAGAGAAUGAGAGAAUGUCUGGGAGUACAGCAGAGGAAAGUGCAAUAAGCUCAUCGGGCACAAUGGGAAUAAAUAAGGAGACCCAACCUCCUGAAUGCAGAAUCGAAGGAGGCGAUGAGGACUCUGAGAUUAUGAAAACCUCACAUAGUGUGCCAUCACCUGGACCCUCAAUGCCACCUGUGCCUCCACCACCUCCCCCAGGGGCUGCUCCACCCCCACCCCCACCACCAGGGGGAGGUCCCCCACCCCCACCGCCACCCCCGGGUGGGAUGCCACCUCCCCCACCUCUGCCUGGAGGGGUGCUUCAGAGGGCCACGCCCCAUGCUCAGACAAUCCCGAGUUCGACAGCCAUUCCCACGGUGAAACCCAAGAUGAAAAUGAAAACAUUGAACUGGAGUAAACUACCACCGCACAAAGUGAUGAGCGGUAACAGCAUAUGGGCGAAAGUUCAUAUGAUCCAGAAUGGUUUCAGUGCCGACUGGGAGACAAUGGAGGAAUUGUUCUGUCAGCAGAAUGUGGCCAAAAAGACCCAGAUUGACGGCAAUGAGGACAAAUCCCAGAAGAAAAAGAAAGAAUCGGUGGAAAUGAUAAAUCUUCUUGAUAGCAGGCGAAGUCUUAAUGUCAACAUCUUCCUGAAACAGUUCAAGAGCACCAAUGAAGUCAUUGUGCGGCUUAUUCAACAAGGCAAAAGCGAGGCCAUUGGGGCUGAAAAACUGAAGAGUCUCAUCAAAGUCCUUCCGGAAUCUGAAGAGGUUGAAAUGCUAAACUCCUUUGAUGGCAACAGGUCUAGGCUAGCACCAGCAGAGCAAUUCUAUCUGAUGCUCAUGAACAUUCCAUUUUACAAGUUGCGGGUGGAAAGUAUGCUGUUGAAGGAGGAAUUUGCUUCCAACAUGGACUACCUAAUCCCUUCCAUUGGUUGCAUCAUCGAGGCUUGUCAAGAAAUCCUUUCGUCAUCUUCCCUGCGAGAGAUUCUACAUCUUGUACUUCUCACUGGAAAUUUUCUCAAUGCAGGUGGCUAUGCUGGGAAUGCCAUCGGCUUUAAAAUCUCCUCACUGCUGAAAUUAGUGGAGACAAGAGCCAACAAACCGCGGAUGAAUCUCAUGCACUACGUAGCCUCACAAGCUGAGCAUAAGAAUUUACUGAACUUCCCAGAGGAGUUGACGCAUUUGGAGGAGGCUUCAAGGUUCUCAGUGGACCAACUUUUAACAGACAUCAAAGUUCUAGAAGAAAAAGUCAACGUCACCGCUGCACAGAUCGGGGAAGCAGAUGAAACUAUCUCAGCAUUCAAGACACAAGUUGAGGCCUUCCUGAAGACGGCCGAAGAUGAUAUCACGGAGGUGCGGCAGAUGCUGGCCUUUGUUGAAAAGAAGAGAAUCGAAAUUGCAGAGUAUUUCUGCGAGGAUACCAACACCUUCAAACUGGAGGAGUGCAUCAUCACCUUCAAGAUUUUCUGUGAGAAGUUCAAGAAAGCUGUAGCAGAAAAUGAAACGCGGCGAAUGCAGGAAAUUAAGAUGGAACAGAGAAGACAACGUAGUGAAGAUCAAAAAUCCCAGCGCCGGAAGGAUGGCAAGGCAAAGACUCCACGAAGCCAAAGCCUACCUGGUGGGAAAGAAACCAGUUCCAUUGUGGAUAAGUUACUGGGGAGAAUCAAGGGCGGUUUCUCCCAUCCAAAGACCAAGCCUGACGUGGACAGCAGUCAGCCCCAGUCCCCAUGUCCCGAAGACGAUCAACCGGCAGUGAUCACCAGGAGCACCCCAAUUAGAAGAUCUAAGCAGAAAUUUGAACAGAACCUGAAUGCCAUUUCAGAGAAUGCUGCUGAGUCAAUCAACCAGACAUCUGAUGGGACGCUCCAUGCUGACAACAGGCAAAGCACAUUUGGAGAGGAUGCACCUGAUAACCCUGUGAUUGUGAGACGUCAGAGAUCACAAGCAGCAGGUCCUCGUCCCCUGUCUGCGGACGAUGACUCUCUGUUCGACAUGCUAGUCCAGGGUAAUGAUGAUGAUGCUCUGGCACAAUUUGAGAACUUCAAAAAAGACGGCAGUUUGCGACGGAGUGGAAGGCGAACAAAGAAAAACAACCUGGAUUUUAUAGCCAGCGACUCGCGUGAGCGACAGGACUCACCCAGCCAAUCACCAACGCUGGCUAGACGAAACAAGCUGAAUGUUGAACAGACAGAAAUUGCCGAGUCAUACAAGCCGAGCACUCCAUCUCACUCCCUUAGUAAAGAAAAAGAGCGGAUUCGAGAACUCAUGCGAGGAGAUGAUGCCAGAAAUCCAACAGAACCUUUUAAAUUAAACCGCCGAACCCGUAGUGAAAUAUCAACAUCAGACAUUGACCAUGUACUUCAGAGCACUCCUGUCAAACAGAGUUCUGACAGUGCAAGUGCAGAAAUUAGGAAGGACCGUAUUGCUAAAUACAGCAACGUUGUGGAUUCAGCCUCAGCUGAGCACCAGGCCAGUCCAAUAGCUGAGAGCUCUACAGCACCAUCUGAACAAAUUUCAACAUUACAACGCGAAAUGCCCAAGCCGAGAGCUGUGACAAGCUCCAGAGUAUCGACAGAGGGUGCCCCACCACGCAGACGACCUCUCCGCCGAAGCCAAAGUGAGUUCAGUGUCGAGGAUGUGAGGAAAGCGGCACAAGGGUUGAGGGAAGCUGCUGCACGUGAAAGCGAGAAUGGGUCUCCCACAACCACCUUGUCGCAGGAUGAAACUGAUGGAGGCAGUUCGGUCGAAGAAAAGACACCCACUUGGCAAAGCAAAGUCCAGGCAGUGGAUGUCGAAGCAGCUCUUGAUACUGUUGAGUCACAGUUGUCAUCCCGGGAGAAGAAUCGUUCCAGGGAUGAUGACACAUCUGAUGUAGACAGGAUGCAAAAGCAGCGAUAUUCCAGGUGGAGAACAGGUAGCUUUAAGUGGGACACUCCUAAAAACAAAGAGGAGCGAACAGAUAAAAGACGAGCUUCCAGUCUUUAUGAAGAUCACGAAAGCACUGUUUUCUUGGAUAGACCCAUUGAAGCAGGGUUAGCCAAAGGGUUGGAAUCUUAUGCCGAGUCUUAUAGCCUGAAAAUCCGCCAGGAGCGCCGGACGAUUGAAAAAAUAAUGGCUGGUGUCGAGGACAGCGAUGAUGACCCAAGCUCUCCAAGGAAAAUAUCAUCAGACUUGUCAAGGAUGAAAGGUUUAGAAGCCCUUCGAGCAAAAUUCAGGCAGAAACAGGCAUUGGCUGAAGCGUUCAAUGAAGAGGAAACUUGGGCUUCGAUCGAUCGAAAACAAGUCGAAAUUCGGCGAGACCUGCUUGACAUCAGAACCUCAACAGAAGUCCAAGAUGAUCUGGAGGUUGAGGACAUUGAAACAGCGAGCAGUCAAGAAGUAGCAUCCCAAGAGACUAAAGUGACGGUAUCUUCGGUGGAAACCCAUGCCACUGAGACAGUGUACAAAAUAACAGAUGAUGACGUUUACGUUCUUAAAGACAAGCCUCCGGCACGUACCGCAUCUGAGGCACUCGCCGAGAAAAAAUCAAGAUAUCCUGGGACAGCCAAGAACAUUAAUGGGGAUUCAAUCCAAACGAAAAGUGAUGAGAAUGCCAAUGAAAUUCCAUCCUCAACAUCUUCCACAUCCCCUAAAAAACCCUCAGCCAAAAGUGGUAGUGUUAAAAAAGCUACUCCACUGACUCGCCCCACUGCUAUGACAAAUACGGGCAAGAUAACCCCGAGACUGACAAACACAGCAUCAAGGGUGUCACCGGGGAAAAACACAUCAGUGAGAGCUCAUGUCAGUGAGUCGUUGCCAAGAUCGAGUCCUCGAGUAAGGAAAAACUCUCGUAAUCUACCAGUAAAGUCACCAUUAGCUCAGUCAUCCUCAGCAUCCAAAAGUUUGCAAAGAGGUAGAAGUGCUGAGUCCCUCCCAAUGUCAGAAACUUCAGAGACCCGACACAGGCGCGAGUCUUCUCACAGCAACUCUUCCUCAGUGUCAACUGCGAGCAACUCAUCCCUAAGAUCCUCAGGGUAUGGCAGAAACCUGCACUCACCAAGAGGUACCAAAUCAUUGACGACACGCGUCAGCAGAUCGAAUUCCACAACGUCGUCAUGCAGUACGGACUCUCGACAAGAGCGUAAACCUCGGUCCUCCAGUGUGAGGUCCACCAACUCAACCAGUAGCGUCAAAAGCACUGGUUCCAGGACGACACCAUCGACGACUAAACCUGUGAAUUGUGGCAGCUCUUCAGCGAGAUCAACUGUUACAAGGGCUGGGCCCUUUGUCCGUUCAGCACCUGAGCGGCGCACACUCCCGUUUGCAAACAAAAACCCUUCUAAUAGGCCUACUGAAAUGAGAUCAUCAGGUCGUUUAUCACCUAGCAAAGCAGUAACUGGAAUUGACUCCAAACCAAACAUGGGCAGUAAAACAGUAACAGACAAUAAAAGACCAACUUCCAGCACUCCUUCACCUAAGCCUGCUGGCCGUUCAAAACUAAACACAUCCGCCUCGUCAGUUACACCAAGGGGAUCCUCUGUUAAAAAAUCAAAUAGCUUCCAAUCACAGUCGGCGACAAGAAAACCCGUCAGUUCGCCGUCUAAAACUCUUCCAUCUGCCAGCAGCAGAGUGGGAGCCCAGUCACCAAGAUCGGCACAGGCGGCAUCAGUGACAAAAAGCCCAUUGAAAAUGGGCAGUGCCACAUUUGGCCUGAGUGAGCUGGAACCAGCCUCCUCAACCACAGCACCGAGUGGGAUGCAAGGCUCAAAGUUACAUUCCAGCAUCUCUGCGACUCAGGCAUCAUUGGAUACUUCUGAGAAUACCGUGCAAGCAGUGGAUGCCACCGUGGUUUCAGUAAGUUUAGAUGAACAAGCCAACGACAGAGGCAGUGAGGCUCAAAGCGUGAGCUUUUUCUCCUUAGGGGAAGUGUCCCAAGAUGGCACAUCGGCCCAGGAGGAGAACAGCUCAGCAAGCAACGAGAACAGACACGUGCCCCGCAUGUCAUCCUUGUAUUCCCAUCUCAAACCAGUCCCUGCAUCAGUCUCAGAAGACUCAGCGGAUGAGUCAGACUCUAGUAGCAGGUUGAGUCGUGGAAAAUCUACGGCCUCCCUCCCACCGGAAAUCCGAAAGCGUGGACCAGUAGACAGUGACCAUGUCAAGAAAUCAAGUAAAGGAAAACUGAGUCAGGUAAUUCACAAACUUAGACGGAAGGGGGAGAAGGGCGGGGACUCGUCACAUGACGCUGGAACAGACGGCAACACUCCAUCUCUCAGUGAAGUGCCAAGUUCCUCAGCAAAAGUGAAAAGGACAGCCUCCUUGGGGAGGAAAGCCUCCCAGCCUAAAGCGCCCUCUACCAAAGGGAGAAAUGGCAGCAGUACAAGUAAGAAACCAGUUUUCAGAUAGAACAUGAAAGUGAAUGUUGUGGUGAUGAUAAGUCUGAAAUCAUUUCAGAGUUUCUGUCAGCAACUGUGUUCAAGAGAGAUGGCCUACUUGUAGAAGAUAGAUAGAUACGCAUUUUUGUCGUAAGAUGUCUACUUUUUAAGGGGGGGUAAUUACUUGAAAAACUCUGAAGGAAGUAUUAACCUCCAGGUCCUUUGUUUCUCGAAUUUCACUUUCUCGAGCAGUUCUGUGAGGGUGAUUUUUCCCACGCCCUGAGUUUCUGUUUUAAAUCCAUCUUCAAAUCCAAGUGUAAUUUGGGAUAGAAUAUUUUUGAACGUGCAGUGCUGGUGGAGACAAAAAGGAAAUCACCAUUUAGCAUUUCUGCAGUCUUUACGUGACACAGUGUGUAGAACUUUCUCCGUUGAAUUCUAAUCACCAAGGAUUGAGUUUACAGGUUUGUUGGAAUCUUCUGUCGUCAACUUCUGACUGAGAGAGCUUCCGCCAGAAGCACUAGAAGAGUUUAUGAAUAGGGAAAUACUAUAAAUAUUACCUCAAUAAGCAGAAUGGGCGUGUUAAAGCAAUAAAGAGUAUGGUUUGGGGCGACAGAGUGAACGGUGAACUUACUUCAUUUUAGUUGCUCCUGAAAUUCAGAUUUUUUUAUUUCUUCAACAAGUACUUUUUUUGCAUCUUUCAUAUUAAAAGACUCACUGAACUUGGUUGAGACGCGCUAAACUGCAGAUUUGUCUGUCUUUGAAUGCAUAAUGGAUGUUUGCCAGCACGCUCAGAUCACUAACAACGUGAAGUUAUUUGUGUUUGCCAGACCAGAAAACUUACAGUGCCUUCUGUCCUUGAAAAUAUAAAAGUGGAGGAACAUGUCUCGGCAGAACUUGAACAUUAAGUGAGGACAUCAGACUCCGGUUUCUUUAAACGAGAUUUUCGAAUUCAUUGCAUUAUAAUUUGCGCCAUUGCUUGUACACGCAUGUUUUCUUUGACUGUCUAAAAUACACUGUAAAAUACAGUGUCUGUAAAAUACAACUAUGUUUCAGCUAUUAUUUAAGGUAAUAUUACUUAUCUGCAAAAAUUUUGUAGUAUUCGUUAGUUUUGUAGCCUGUUAGCAUGAAAAUGCACGCAGUCCAGAUAUUUUCUAUACAAAAACGUUCGAUCUAAAUUAUACACCGUAAAACGGUGUCUAUGAUAAAAAGAGUUGUAGUGAUUUGUUUCGGUUGUAUAAAGUUUUACUUCAAGCGUCAAAGAACCAAAUUACUUCGGUUUGAAUAAGUCAGUAAUUUCACCGACUGAAUGCUGCCUGGAAUUUGUAUUGAUUUCUGUACUUCUCCUUUUGUGGAUAACAUUGUUCGUGUAUAUGCAUGGAUACAGUCAACAUCUCAUGUGCGAUAUUAUUUUUGUGAAACGGCUUUUCACAUCAAGACCAUUAUCUCUUGUUUUAAUGUGAAAGCUGACCUCCAUUUUUUCCUUUAGGACUCUUGAGGAGAAAAAAAAAUUGCUUGUCAAAUCGAAUAACUUACAUACACCGAACCGAACCGAACCAUGAACCGGUCAUAAUGGAUCCCACACAUGUGGGCUGAUAUUCUAGUUUUGCAUAACCAAAAUAUAUGAAAUUGACAUCUCGUUUGUCAAAAUGUAGAGAAAGUUGCCAUUGUAAUUACAGUGCAGUUAGUGCGGCUUGUGUAUGCUGAGCCCCUUCACAAACAGUUCGAUUCAUAAAGCUUAAGUUGUACAGAUGCUUCAGAGACAGAGGAUGCUUUGUAUUAAAAAUUCAUCAAUGCAUUAUCUUGCUAUGCUUUCUUAAAGUUUUGAAACUGUUAUCAUUUUGAUGUACUUAAAUUGUCUGCAAUUUGAUGACGUGAAAAGCAAUAAUACAAGUCUGGUAUCUUCUAGCAGGCUAUGGGGAACUCUUUUUUAAAUAUUUUUUUAAAGAUUUUCUUGAAGUGACUCUUUUUAAUGCCACGAAAGUCUUGAAUAAUAUAUUGAGCACAAAAUACAAUGCCAUCAAACUAUUGUGAAGGGUUACGGGUUGUAACAAAUUAAGUAAAAUAGCCAUUGGCCAUUACAUAUUAUGAAUUAUAAUUUUUUGUAAAAAGCCAUGAUAGUUGACGAAACAUAUAUUUAUCCUUCAUACAGCCUUUUAUCGUUGGUUUAAUCGUAUUUAUUUCACGCUUUUGCUCAAUAUGAAAGUGAACGUAGAAUUUAGAUGUUUGAUAGAUUUCUUUGACAUUUAGAUGGUUGAGUUGCGAAUUAUUCUUGACGAAUGGUACUUUGAAUGUAUCAUAACAGAGCAAAAUCUUUAGUUGUACGAUAACCAGAAUGAAACGGGGUUCUAAUGUAUGGUAUGAAAUCUCUUCAUACAUAGUGCUGUAAAACUAGUGACUUUUGGCAUGAACAGUGCUCCUAAUACAACGUACUUUCGAGUUGUAGAAGUUGACAGUUUCAAUUUCAAUUGUAAACGGAGCUAAACAAGAAAUUAAAGCACUUACACGUGCAUUAAAGCGUCUGUUCUUGUUAACCCAACACUGCAGAGGUAGAAUAUCAACACACUCCUUUCAGUGCAUAGAAACAUUCCGAGACUGUCUUGUGUGAAUGAUGUUGCCUAACUUAAAGCACACUGCGUUCAAUUACUUCCCCGCAAUUACCCGUGGUGUCGUCGCAGGAUUCGACGGGCUUGCACAGUCUGUGGUAACAAACAAUUGCGGGUUAUCCAAGGUGCCCCAACUCCCUGAUAUCUAUACACUGGAUAGGCUGCUCAGCAGUACAUGUCACUGCCUAUGUGUGAAUUGAAGUGACCGUGCGGCCAUCUUAGGAUAUUCAGUGCAAUGGCCUCCAACUUCAGUCCAUUCACUAAAGUGCAUUCAUGCACGGCGCUAAAUCUGGUGACUUGGAAAAUGCCAUUGUAUUGAAUAACCGAAGAUGGCCGCGCAGUCGCUUCAAAUUCGCAGAGCAGAGCUGCUUAUCCAGUGUAGAGAGCAGUGGCCACAACUGGACCAAAGAGGUGACGCAACGCAUGCAAAAUGAAUUCAAAACGUCGGAAGCAAUGACAUCCAAACACACAUUCCAGACUUUCCAUCACGUAACUUAUACUUAAUUUCAACCGAGCUGUCACUCGGUUGUUAAUCGUUUACAAAGGUGUCACUUUUCCCUCGCAACGGUGCCAAUUUUGCCUUGGCAUCAUUCGACUAAGCCGCCAUGUGUUCGCAUUGUAUUGUGGGAUACUUCUCAAAUAGCCGGGUUUAAUACUUGGGCCAGGGGGGCUGAGUCACGAGAAGACGUGAGUGCCGAAAUCGAACGCAGUCAACCUUGAAUGGUAAGCGCGGGGAAAUCGAAGGCACUGUUAAUUCCUGUGCAACAGUUUCCUGACGUUGAACAACGUUCGUGGCGUCCUGGAUGAAAAAUGUACAGCCACGAUUUAUUGAAGUUUGGACGACUUGCCAACACUGAUGUUUUAAAUCUUGUCCCAACUUGCAGAAUUUGUAUUUUGUAAAGCACAUGUACAUGUACUAUACAUAGUUUUUUAAAAACAUUUUGUAAUCACCGUUCAGUGAGUCCUAUUCAGCUGCCUAUUAAGGGAAUAACAUGGUUUUAUCUUUAAGUAACAUUGCUUUGAUUUUAUGGAGAUUCUAUGUAGCGGCUGCCUCCAGUGUUAUGGAAAUGACUUGAUAUAUUUAUGCAAAUUAAAUGUAAUGUGUAUUGUAUCCCUCAAGGUUAGUGCAUGAAGUACAUGUAAAUUAAACCCACGCAGUUGAAUGUGUUUUA